AGGAUGUGCGAGGCUGUGAAUGACUGCGUGCGUUUGUACUCCUUGUACCUCUGAACCUUUUGCCGCUGCAAAGACAAGCAUCCCUACUGGAGCUGCCACUGCUGUCACGAUUCCCUGCAUGUGUGUGUCUGUGUCUAGGGGUGGGAUGGCUUUUUAUUGACAUGAUCAACAAGCGCACAGGAGCACCCGAGUUACUGAUUACAGGUGAUUUUAUAAUUUUUUUGUGAUAAGACCCGUGCUUCAAGCACAAAGUCCUGCCAGGUACAGCGAGCCUUCAGCUGUGCUCCCUCAUACCUCCGGACCACCGCUGCUCCCAGGUCCAGGUUGUGUUUUUGGUUUUCUUGCAUCUGUUAAGCACACAGCAGCAUCAUGAGUGUAGAGUCCAAAAAGCCACGUGAGCCAUGUUGCUCCAAGCUCAAGCUUUUCCUGGUCUCUCUGGCAUUUGUGUACUUUGCCAAAGCUUUUUGUGGCGCCUACUUGAAGAGCUCCAUCACCCAGAUUGAGAGGCGCUUCGAUAUCCCCAGCUCCCUCAUCGGGGUGAUCGAUGGCAGCUUCGAAAUGGGCAACCUGCUGGUAAUCACCUUUGUGAGCUACUUUGGUGCUAAGCUCCAUCGCCCGAGGCUGAUUGGGAUCGGCUGUUUGGUCAUGGCCGUUGGAUCUUUCCUUAUAGCCUUGCCUCACUUCCUCCAGGGACUGUAUAAAUAUGAAACGAGCAUGUCUCACAAUACUCAGGCCAACAGCACUGAAAACAUCCUGCCCUGCCUCUCCAACCACACCAUGAUUGAAGAUGAUGCGCCAUCUGAUGUAGCCAGAAAAGCUUGUGAGAAGGCAGCCGGCUCAUCCAUGUGGAUUUACGUAUUCUUGGGAAACAUGUUGCGUGGAAUUGGAGAGACUCCCAUCAUGCCCCUGGGGGUGUCGUAUCUGGAUGACUUCUCAAGAGAGGAAAACACGCCCUUCUAUUUGGCCUGUAUCCACACGAUAGGAAUCUUGGGACCAAUGGUGGGGUUCAUGCUGGGGUCCUUCCUAACCAAGCUCUACGUGGACAUUGGAUUUGUGGAUUUAGAGACCAUCACCAUCACCCACAAGGACUCUCGCUGGGUGGGAGCCUGGUGGCUGGGCUUCAUCGCCACCGGAACGGUGAUUCUGCUGUCCAGCAUCCCCUUCUUUUUCCUGCCCAAGUCUUUGCCCAAGCAGGGGGAAGAGGAGAGCACGGGUAAAAGCACAGAGCUGGCCACCGUGGCCGAGCAGGAGAAUUUCCUGGCGGAGGAGACCCGGGAUCAGGAAGACAAGCCCAUCGAAUUCCAGGAGAUGGUCAAAGAUUUCAUCCCAUCCCUGAAGAGGCUCUUCAAGAACAGAAUCUACACGCUGAUGAUCCUCACCUACCUAGUGGCCGUCAACGGCUUCAUUGGCAUGAUCACCUUCAAGCCAAAGUUCAUGGAGCAAAUCUACGGCCAGUCACCAUCCAAGGCCAUUUUCCUCAUAGGUAUUUCCAACCUGCCUGCGGUAGCUUUGGGCAUCAUCACCGGAGGUUUCAUUCUAAAACGUUUCAAGCUGGGUAUUGUUGGAGCAGCCAGGGUGUCCAUGAUUGCGUCUCUUGGGUCCUUUUCCAUGCUUGGCAUCCAGAUUUUCCUGCACUGUGACAAUGCAGAGGUGGCUGGUCUCACGUCUACGUAUCAGGGGACUGUACAAGUGUCCUACAACCAGCAGACCUUGCUGUCCCAGUGCAACAUGGGCUGCUCCUGUUCUGUGAAGCACUGGGACCCAGUUUGUGCCUACAAUGGUAUGACGUACGCAUCGCCCUGCCUGGCUGGCUGCCUGUCCUCCUCCGGCAAAGGCAAAUCAAUGGUUUUUAAUAAUUGUUCUUGUGUCGGGGAGACGGUGACUCCAGCCAUGAACAUGUCAGCAGUCUUGGGCCAGUGCCCCAGGAAGAGCGAGUGUGACAGCAAAUUUAAAAUCUACAUGGCCUUGUCUGUGAUAGGCUCCUUCAUUUCUGCUUGUGGGGGCACACCAGGAUAUAUCGUCCUGCUCAGGUCCAUCCAACCAGAUCUGAAGGCUCUGGCUUUGGGAGUUCAGACUCUCAUCGUAAGGACGCUGGGUGGGAUCCCUCCCCCGAUAUAUUUCGGAGCUCUGAUCGACCGGACCUGUUUGAAGUGGGGGACGAAGCAGUGUGGUGGCCGAGGAGCAUGUCGACUCUAUGACGCCAAUAAAUUUAGGUUUACAUUCUUGGGGUUGAUAACUGGACUCUACUUCCUGUCCAACUCAUUGUGGGGAGUCCUUUACGCCACAAUUGUCAAGAAACAGAAGAAGUUAGCGUUGAAGAAUCAAGCCAAAGACAAUGCACAGGAAGGUAACGGAGUGAGCAAUGGACAUGCCAAUAUCAGCAUCUCCAAGGACAAAGAAGACACAAACAAGGAGAGCACUAUUUAAGGUGUAAUAAGGAGCUGAUGGAGGCGAACCCUGAGUACUGUGCUGCAGCCAAACUGGACCCAACAUGGUAAUGGUACAGUGUCAGCACUGUUUGGUCUUUGAGCAGUAUCUUUCUCUCUUUUUUUAUUUCCAUAUUACGAUGGUGUUCACUUAAUAAAAACGUUUAUCUGAUAUGACAUUAGGGUAAAUAUGACAAACAUUUUGAGAGAUUUAUGUUUGUAUCCAC